AUGUUUAAAACAUACUUCAUGCCGAAUACGUCGCACAACAUUGCUCCCUUUAAACCUUGGCACGUUCAACGUGUAGUUGAUCUUUUCUAUAAGUUUCCCUUAGAUGAGUACUUGAAAAGCUUAUUGAUUUUAUUUAAGUCACUACAACCUAGCAUUGAUUUCAAAAAAUUUGCAGAAAAUGAUAGCUAUCAUUUAAAUAAUUUGGGAACGUUGAAUCCAAAGAUAUUUGUAUACCCAAAUUUCAAUUAUUUAGAUAAAUUGAAAGAUAUUCAGGAAAUUAAUGGCGGAUUAGUAACUGAAGAACAAAUUUCUCAAGAGCAAACUAUUAAUGAUAAUCUAAGGUAUUACGAUAAUUUCAAUUCUUCUGUCAAAAAGCGUAAAAAAAAUGGAAAUAGUGAAAAAUUACCAGAUGUACCUGAUCUUGAUGUUAUAGAAUUUGGGAACGGUUCAAGAAGGUCUAACAACGUGUCAAUAAAUGAUAUACAUUCACUUGAAAGUUUGGUUGGUAAUUUUGAAAACAUUAGAUCCAUCAAUAUAAGUGCAUUAUUUAACCCACAGAAAUUUGGUAAUAUUCGAUACAGUUCUGAUAAAUUCAAAAAAUUGUAUUUUAUAUUACAUGGCUUGAGUAUUGACAACGAAAAAUGGGAAAAGUCGAUACGAAAGUUAGAUUAUUACAUUAGAUUAAGCAUUUUGGAUAAUAAUUUAACUAUAAGAGAUUUGGAUAUACUAUGCGACAAAAUAGCAGAUUUCUUCUCAUUUACUUUGGGAUUAUUGUUCUUACCUCUGAUAAAAGACUAUUUGUGCUUCAAAUUUGAUUCUCCAAUAUCUGGUGAUAACGAAUACAUACACAAGUUUGAGAAUUUAGCUCAACGACUCAAAUUUUUAAAGUAUUUACCUGUUUUAGAAUUUGAAGAUUUCAAUGAAAAUAUAAUUCAAAACAUAUUAGCAGUAUUAGAUGAAGAAUCUCAUAUAAAUGCAAAGAAAUCGAGACGUGAGCAGGUAUUGGUAGCAUUUGUUAAUGAAUUAGCUUCCCUAUUUUCUACUUGGUAUUCGAUUUAUGCUCACAAUUCUGAUCCAGAAUUAAAGGUUGCUGCUUUCAAAAAUAUUAAUGGUUCAUUGCCUAUAAUAUACAAAUUCAUAGUUCAAAACUUUACUGAAUCAUCAAUUGUUUUGCAGAUUCUGUUAUUAAGGAUUUUUAAAUUUAUUCAAUCCCUUGAUUCCCAAGACCUUAAUGACCACAUAAAUGCACUGACACUAGUCUUACCACAAAACUUAUUUUACCAAUUAAUCUUUUCGAACAACCCGCUUGUAAUGUCUGAAAUAUGUGGAUAUAUGGCCUUUUGUAAGUCAUUUAAGUUUAAAGAAAGUGACAUUGCCUAUAAGAAUUUACAGAAUUCAUAUAUCAUGGAUACGCUUAACUUCAUAUGGCGUGACAAAUCCUUUUAUUAUGAUGAUAAUUCAACCGCAUUCAGCAGGGCCAUGUUCUUAGAUCCCGAGUUUUUAAAGCAUUUACGCAAGUUGAAUAUAUUCAAUUUUUCAGGAUUACUCAGCUUACAUACUGUUGGCAACUUAUUUCAUAACCCGUGCUGGUCCUUUAUAACUACUCAGUUGAUAAGAGAAUUAGAAGACAAGACUGAAAGGAUUACUAUACGACAUGCUGGACCCAUAACAGAAGAAAGUGUAAGCAAAUUAAUACAUGCUUCUGAUGUUGAAUGGCUUUCUUUGAGUUAUGACGAACUCAAAUUGCAAGUUUUGCGUUCACUAGAUGACUUAGGAUACACUGGUCUAGGUGACUUAUUAUUUAGUUCUCUUAAGACCCUAAUGAAUAAGAGAAAUUAA